UGUGCUUCGAGCGUCGUCGAGCACAGGGUUGAAGAAAAUAACAUACAUCCCUCAUGUUUUCGUGAACGGGGCCAACAGAUUAAAUCGUUAUUAGUUCGUUUCACUUAGAUACAUCUUCAGACAAGCUCCUACGAAAGAUAUUUGCGGAUGACCAAUACUAUAAAAGCAACCUUUUCUGAGAACAUACAUUUAAAAAUCAAUUGGUCUGCAACAAAAAACACAGCCAAGAUGUCUGACCGCAAGGCCGUUAUCAAGAAUGCCGAUAUGAGCGAAGACAUGCAACAGGAUGCUGUCGAUUGCGCGACUCAAGCUAUCGAGAAGUACAACAUAGAGAAGGAUAUAGCUGCAUAUAUCAAGAAGGAAUUUGACAAAAAGUACAACCCGACGUGGCAUUGCAUCGUUGGCAGGAACUUCGGUUCAUAUGUUACACACGAGACCCGCCACUUUAUCUACUUCUAUUUGGGACAGGUGGCAAUUUUGCUUUUUAAGAGCGGCUAAAGAGAUCGGGGGCAAAAAUGACUAUAAAUAUAUGAAACCUACACAUUAAAAAUUCACUUAAACAAAAAAAUACACACACACUUAUUCCGUACAUAAACUUUUUUUUUAUAAUUUAAUUUUCGAUUUGAAAUUUUUUUGAAAAGAUAUAAUUUUUCACUAAUACUAAGGCAGAUACUUAAAACAAAACAAGAAAACAAAUCUUCUCUAAUCUGUAAUAUUUUGCUCGAUACUACUACUAUUACUACUACUAAAGAUAAUAUUUUUAUUUUAAAAUAUAUGAGUUUGAUAUAAAUGCAGAUAUUUUUUGGGCUUUACAGUUUA